ACCUCCCUAACUGAGCUUCCUUCCUGGUAAUAAUCUCAACUCCUGGUUUCAUUUUUUCCGAUGGUAAACUAAAAGCUCCGGGCUCUGAAAAAUGGUUGGAAUUCGAUUAAGGUGGUUUGAGUAUUCAAUAGUGUGUAUUCUCGUGUUGAAUCGUGUUCUUCAACUCACAGCAGCAGUAUCUGCAGAGUUAUUCUUUAAACCUUUCAAUGUAAGUUAUGAUCACAGAGCUUUGAUUAUCGAUGGAAAACGACGAAUGCUUAUCUCUGCUGGAAUUCAUUACCCUCGUGCCACUCCUCAGAUGUGGCCUGAUAUAAUUGAUAAAGCCAAGGAAGGUGGGGCAGAUGUUGUCCAAAGUUACACAUUUUGGGAUUUGCAUGAGCCAGUUAAAGGUCAGUAUAAUUUCGAGGGAAGAAAUGAUAUAGUCAAGUUUGUAAAGUUAGUUGGAUCAAGAGGACUUUAUUUCCAUCUCCGUAUAGGCCCUUAUGUGUGUGCAGAAUGGAAUUUCGGGGGUUUCCCAGUGUGGCUCCGUGAUGUACCCGGUAUUGAAUUCCGAACUGACAAUGAACCAUUCAAGGAAGAGAUGCAGAGAUACGUUAAAAAGAUGGUGGAUCUGAUGAAACAAGAGAUGCUUUUUUCUUGGCAAGGUGGUCCCAUCAUAUUGUUGCAGGUCGAAAAUGAGUAUGGGAACUUUGAAAGCCAAUAUGGUCAGAAGGGGAAGGAUUAUGUCAAAUGGGCUGCCAGAAUGGCUUUGGGACUUGGUGCUGGCGUACCGUGGGUUAUGUGUAGACAGACUGAUGCUCCGGAAAAUAUUAUAGACACCUGCAAUGGAUUUUACUGUGAUGGUUUCCGGCCAAAUUCUUAUAAGAAACCAGCAUUUUGGACAGAGGAUUGGAAUGGAUGGUAUACAACUUGGGGUGAAACAAUACCUCAUAGGCCAGUUGAAGACAAUGCAUUUGCUGUCGCUCGGUUUUUCCAACGGGGAGGAAGCUUUCACAACUAUUAUAUGUACUUUGGUGGAACAAACUUUGGCCGGACAAGCGGUGGUCCGUUUAUCAUAACUAGUUAUGAUUAUGAUGCUCCAAUUGAUGAAUAUGGCCUUCUGAGUCAACCAAAAUGGGGCCAUUUGAAGGAUCUUCAUGCAGCUAUAAAGCUUUGUGAACCUGCUCUAGUAGCCGUAGAUACCUCACCUAAGUACUUAAAAUUAGGGCCAAAGCAGGAGGCACAUAUUUAUAGUAAAGUAGUUCGAACUGAGCAUCUGAAUUCCAGACAGUCAGGAAAUGAGAUCAUUUGUGCAGCAUUUCUCGCAAAUAUUGAUGAUCAUAAUGACGCUACCGUUACAUUCCGCGGUAGAGUAUAUACUUUACCAGCAUGGUCGGUGAGCAUAUUACCAGAUUGUAAGAACGUGGCUUUCAACACAGCCAACGUUGGAGCUCAGAUCUCCAUGAAAACCCCAGACUCUGGUUUACCAUAUUUUUCAAAUACGACAGGAACUGCACACCUGUCACUUCACAAAGAAGUUUCAUAUCUUUCGAAGUCCUGGAUGACCUUGAAUGAACCAAUUGGUGCAUGGGGUGUGAACAAUUUCACCGUACAAGGUAUACUGGAGCACUUAAAUGUGACAAAGGACACCUCUGAUUAUCUUUGGUAUAUCACCAGAGUACAUAUUUCGGAGGAGGAUAUGGCAUAUCUGGAGGCAAAUCCUAUGCCAGUUCUUUUUAUUGAUAAGAUGCGUGACGUGGCUCGCAUUUUUGUAAAUGGCCAACUUGCUGGCAGUAAAGUUGGAAAAUGGGUUGGGGUGGCACAGCCAGUGCAUUUGGUGAAAGGAUCCAAUGAGAUAGCAAUAUUAUCCGAAACGGUGGGCUUGCAGAAUUAUGCUGCUUUUAUGGAGAAGGAUGGGGCAGGAUUUAAAGGAAAAAUUAAGCUAACUGGUUUGAAGAGUGGAGAAAUUGACCUCUCAAAGUUAUUAUGGACUUAUCAGGUUGGUUUGAAAGGAGAGUUCAUGAAGUUUUAUGAUCCGGACAGACUUGAAAUGGCGGAUUGGCUUGAUUUGUCUCCCAAUGCAGCUCCAUCAGUGUUUACCUGGUACAAGACAUACUUCGAUACCCCCAGUGGAACCGAACCGCUAGCAGUCAAUCUAGGAUGCAUGGGAAAGGGGCAGGCAUGGGUUAAUGGCCAUAACAUUGGGAGAUACUGGUCUUUAGUGGCCCCAGAAAGGGGAUGUCAGGAAACGUGCGACUAUCGUGGGGCCUAUGAUCAUGACAGAUGUGCAACAAACUGUGGAAAACCUACUCAAAGCUGGUACCAUAUCCCAAGGUCUUGGCUAAAGACAUCCGGAAAUUUGCUUGUUUUGUUUGAGGAAACGGGAGGAAAUCCUCUUGAAAUAUCAAUCAAGUUGCAUCGUACAACAACACUUUGCGGCCAAGUGUCAGAGUCUCACCAUCCACCUCUUAGUACUUGGUCACAUCCUCAAGGAAAAAGAUCAAUCCAUCACGAGGCACCAGAAAUGCAUUUGAAGUGUGAUAAUAACCACAUCAUCUCUGAUAUAACAUUUGCUAGUUAUGGGACUCCACAUGGUAGCUGCCAAAAGUUCUCUCAAGGGCAUUGCCAUGCACAUAACUCCUUUGCCGUGGUUUCUGAGGCAUGCCAAGGAAAAAAUAGCUGCACCAUCAGUGUUUCAAAUUCUGCAUUUGGGUCUGACCCUUGUAGAGGUGUCACUAAAGCCUUAGCUGUUGAAGCAAGAUGUGUUGCAUCCUCAAAUGCCGGGUUCUCUGACUUAUGAUGCAGCCAAAGUAAGUACCUCUAGCAACAGAUGACAAAGCAACAUGAAGAACAUAAUGUAACAAUUGUGGAUGUCCCAUUCAUGCUCGACUCCGAUACCAUAAGAAACUUUUGGGGUCGAAGGUCUGGACGUGUCAAAUUAUUGCUGCUUGUAAUACAAAUAUAUUUUAAUAAAUAUGUAUAGAUUCGUCCCUCCGUUGAAUAAAGUUUGAUGUAUACUGGUUGAAAUGAUCUAGCAUUCUCAUCUAUCUGUAUUGCGUACAAAAAGAUAAAAAAAAAAGCCCUUAGACCUUAAGGGAGCCCUAAACACUUGACCGGGCCCUAUUUUACGCCUGAUAUUAUGUUCACCAUUUAGUGCUUGUAUACUUGGAGUAUCUAAGAUGUAAUAAAAUAAUUUUUCUAGU